AGUUAGUUAGAGCCCGCCUCAAUCUGGUGCUGCUGACUGCCUGGGGAGCUGCUGCCCUGCUGGUCCAUCCAAGAGUGACGCCAGCCAAACCACACAUGCACCUCCAACCGCACCGCGCCCUCAUCCGCAUCCUCAUCAGCCUCGUCGCCCCAAACCGCCAGCCGCACACGCAGCGGCGCCCGCGUCUCUCUCGCACCUCUUCUCCUCCCGCCUGACUCUCCCUGGGCGCCCGCCGCCAUGUCGACAAAAUACGCGCUGGUGUCGCUGCCGCUCAACGCCUUCGACUCGAGCGACAAAGGUGACGCCAUCUCGUCGCUGAGCGCCACCGUCUCCGCCGACAAUGCUGCCGUCACCCCCUUCGGCAUCCCCGACUUCAAGAUCGGAACCCUUGACGCUCUCGUACAGCAGGCCGAUGAGCUGGCCAAGCUCGAGGCCUCGUGCCAGGCCGUCGUGGCCAAGGUCGGCGAUUCGCUGCGGCAGGUGCUCAACAACGACGAGGAGCGCCUCGCUUCGUACAAGAUGGUCAACGAUAAACCGACGGACCAGUACCUCCGUAGCUUUACCUGGAACAAGAUCCGAUAUCGUGCCGACAAGCCGCUGGGCGAGCUGAUUGACACUCUGCAAAAGGAGCUCGUCAACGUGGACAACGACGUCAAGACCAAGUUCAACCAGUACAACACGGUCAAGACGAACCUCGCAGCCCUCCAACGCCGCCAGACUGGAAACCUCGCCACCAAGUCGCUGACACCCAUCGUCGACCCGAAGCUCCUGAUUCAAGACUCCGAGUACAUCGAGACGCAUCUCAUCGCGGUGCCAACCAACGUCAAGAAGGAGUUCCUCAAGGCGUACGAGACGCUGUCGCCCAUGGUGGUGCCCCGCUCUGCCGUCGAAAUCGACCACGAUGAGGAGUUCACUCUAUUUGCGGCGGCGACGUUCAAGAAGUACAGCGCCGAUUUUAUUCACAAAUGCAGAGAGCAAAAGUGGACGCCGCGUCAGUACACAUAUGUCGAGGGAGGACGGGAAGAGGAGCAACGCGAGCUCGACAAGGUGACAAACGAGGAGCGCAAGGUCUGCGGUGAGGCUCUGCGCAUGGGACGGACAGGGUGGAGCGAGAGCGUCAUGGUCUGGAUCCACGUCCUCACUCUGAGAGUGUUCGUCGAGGCGGUGCUGCGCUACGGUCUGCCGCUCGACUACGUAACGGCGCUGAUCAAGACGACGCCAAAGCUGGCGCCCAAGGUCAAGACGGCUCUCGACUCGAGUUACUCAUACCUCGGCGGCAACGCGUUUGGGCGAGACAAACGCGGUAGGGUCACCAAGGACGAUGCAGCUAUGAGUUCGGAGAUGGCGGCGGCCGGGCUGGGAACGGGAGAGGGGCAUGAGUAUACGGCAUACGUCUACUACGAGUUGGAGUUUCCCUAGCGGGCCGCGCGGCCAUUCACUGCAUUGCGUUGGACGACCUGUAUUGUACGUGUUGUCGAGACGAGGCCCGCGCAACACUAUGACUGCGUUUUGGGCUCGUCUUGGGCGAUUCUAUAUUGAAGACAAAGAACUAGCACCGUUCCUGGAG